AAUGGGAAAUCACUCACCGCAAAUAAAACCAACAUUAUAAAUUUGGAAAAUAUUUGCUGUUAUUUACGUAAUAGGUGUUUUACUUUCCCGGUAGAGUGAUCGUCUGAAGUUUACAAAAUGCCACCAGCAGAAGAAGUUCGUAAAAGGACCUCAGAUGAUUACAUUUUUGGGAAAGUUCUAGGAGAAGGUAGUUUCAGCACUGUCUAUUUAGCUAAAGACAUACAUACACAUAAAGAACAUGCCAUUAAAGUUCUGGAGAAGUCGCAUAUUAUUAGGGAAAGAAAAACUGAACAUGUGAUGAGAGAAAAGGAAGUACUAAGAAUUGUAGGAAAUGCUUGUCCAUAUAUCGUAAGACUGUACUGGACCUUUCAAGAUCUUGAACGUCUGUAUUUUGUUCUAAGUUAUGCAAAAAAUGGUGAUUUAUUCACGCAGAUUGAAAAACAUGACCAACUAAGUAUUGAAUGCACCAGAUAUUAUUUAGCAGAACUUACUUUAGGAUUAGAAUAUCUACAUAGCAAAAAUAUUAUUCAUAGAGAUUUAAAACCUGAGAAUAUUUUGUUUGAUGAAAAUUGGCAUAUAGUAAUAACAGACUUUGGCAGUUCUAAGAUUCUUGAGGACUCAGGAGGUGGUGAUGUAGUUAAGAAUAUUGAUUCAGAAAGAAGAAGGAAGAGUUUUGAAGGGACAGCUCAGUUUAUUAGCCCUGAAAUGCUAUCAGAAUAUACCUCUGGUUGUUCUUCUGAUUUGUGGGCACUGGGCUGUAUAGCAUACCAGAUGGCUUCUGGAGAUAUGCCAUUUACAGGAAAUAGUGAAUUUCUGAUAUUUCAAAAAAUCCUGAAGUUGGAUUAUUCUUUUCCUGAAGAUUUCCCCGAAGUAGUUAAAGAUUUUGUAGAACAAUUAGUAAUUUUAGAGCCUAAUAAAAGACUUGGCGCCACAGACGAAAAGCCAUAUUCUAGUAUAAGACAACAUAAGUUAUUCAGUGUGCUCAACUGGGAUGAUCUGGGGCCUCCUCCGAAAAUAUCGGACGAUAUGGGCGAUGAAGUAACUCCAGAAAUUCCUGCUCAUCUAGAGCCUGGACUGGACGAAGAAAAAGCUUCAAGACUUCACCUGGACUUGCUAAGUCCAAACGACAUAGUUUUAAGAAAGAAAUCCCCGCCAAAUAGAAAAAUUACCGACCUAACUGAAGCAGAAAUUCGUGAAAGACUAGAAGCUCAAAAGAGCAAUAGAUAUCAUAGUUUUGUAGAAGAUAACUUAAUAUUAAAACAGGGUUUUAUCGACAAGAAGAAAGGACUAUUUGCUAGACGAAGAAUGUUUUUGCUCACUUUAGGGCCUCAUCUGUAUUACGUAGAUCCUGCAACUAUGACCCUCAAAGGGGAAAUACCGUGGAGCAGGGAUCUUAAGACAGAAGCAAAAAAUUUCAAGAUAUUUUUUGUUCAUACACCUAAUAGAAAAUACUACUUAGAAGAUCCAGAAGGCUACGCUUUAGAGUGGUGCAAGGCAAUCAAUGACCUGAAAAGUUACUAUUUUCCAGAGGAAACUUUACUUAAUAAUGAAACCCUUUAAUGAACGGAUAUUGAAAAACUAAUGUCAAAUUCUUAUUCAUGCAAAAGGUUUUCGUAUUUUUUUUUAAUAUAGUUUUAAAUUUCA